AAAGAAAAUGGCAUAUAUUCCCUUUCUAUGUUUGAUCUGAAAAAAUGCGAGUUGCAUGACAUCUGCCCAAAGAUCAAAAUACCAGAAGAGAUCAGAGAUGGAACUAAUAACAUUGAGCUUACUUUCCAGUUUCCAGUACGAUAUAUAGGCGUCGUUGCGUCAUCACCUCCUCGGAAACAGAACUCUUGCCGCUGUCUGUCAUAACUAGCUAGCUGGUCAAAUUUACUUAUUCACACAUCUCUCACUCGCCAAUCUUCACCAUUUCUUUCGUUUUUUCUUUUUUUUUUUCUCUCUUAGCUCUUUCUCUUUCACACACUCACGCACUAAAGGCCACAAACACAAAGGGUUUUGGUCCAUUGUGGUAUUUUCACUUGGAAGUCUACUAUUUAUUGAUCUUGAAACAGAUGGACUUUUCCAAUGUAAUCAUUUUCAUCUACCGAGGACAAUUUUAUACCUCUAGCCUCUAGGCUCUGGCUUUCCAGGCAAGGAACCGUAAGAGUUGGUAAAAAAUUCUUUGUAUUUACAUUUUACAAGUCAAACAUUCAUCAAUUUUUACCAAAUCAAGACAAACACAGAGAAUGAACAUGUUGGGAAGUGAUUAUCAGCUUGUUAAGACCCAUACUCUCAAAGUUCAGAUUCAUUGUGAUGGAUGCGCCAGGAAGGUGAAGAAACUCCUCAAGAAAAUUGAAGGUAAAUCAACUUCUUCUCUCAGCCCUGUUGUACAUUCUUCAAUAUCACAAAUCUCCUCUCAGGUUCUCAUCUACUGAAAAAAAUAAAACCCAAAAUACAGUAAAAAGGAAGCGACUUUGUUUUGUUAGCAUAUAUACGAAUUGAGAUGUUUCUUCGCAUUUGGUCCAUAAAAUCAACCUCACAAUAGAGUAGCAUGCCACAGUUCCAUGAUCCUUGAGUUUGGUUCAAAUGGUAUUUGUAAAUAUUAAUGUAUUAGAGUCCUGCUUCCAUCCCAGAGGUCAUCUAUGUUCUUAGUUCAAGGCUUAAAGAAUCAGCAAUUAAUAUUGACGGUUUAGCAAAAAUAAUCAAUGUUUUUGGGUGAAAUUCUAUGAAUGUUCAGCUCUCUAGGCCUCAUAAUUUUCUAGUUUUCUCUGGAAAAAGAAGAAAAUGGAAAAUAUAUCAUGUUCAUCUCGUUUCAAAUUAAAAUGCAUGCUUAAGCAGUUAACAAUCGCAUUGUCUUAUUGGUUUCUGUCAAUCAGGGGUUUAUCUGGUAAGCAUAGAUCCUGAAAACCAGAAGGUAAAGGUAGCUGGGACUGUGGACUCUGCGAAAUUGAUCAGGAAACUAAUCAAAUCUGGGAAACAUGCUGAAGUUUGGUCACCAAUGCCUGAUCAGAACCAUAAUCUUCAAGGACUGCCCAGUUGGCUUCUGGAUGCCACUUACCAAGACCUAUUACAACCACAGGGACAAACAAAUGGUCUUCAUGCUUUCAAAAGCCACCCCAUGAUCAUGGAACCUGAUGUUGAUUGGAGGCGCCGAAAGUACCUUAACCCGAAUACAGGAAUGAACUCUUUCAUGGACGAGGCGAUCAACAAUGGAGCAACAAACUCGGGGAAGAAUCCGCAGCUUGGUUGGAACCAGUAUAUAGCUCCUGAUGAACUCGAGAUGGAAGAAAACAUGAGGUCUUUAUCAUUUCCAGAUUCCAGAAACUCUGCAGGAGACUAUUCAGGCAUUGUUGAUAAAGCAUUUCCUGGAUUCCAACAGUUGCUGCCACCUCCUGCAUAUGAACAUCAUUAUUCGCCAUUUCGCCCGAGUAACAACAACCUGCAGCAGCACAAACACAACCUCCCAUCUAACUCACCGGUGCAACCUACUAAUUUGGAGUAUUACAAUCCAACACUUGUGAGAUGGAACAACAUGCAGCAGAACCAGUUAGCAUCUCCUAAUUAUGAUCAGCCCUUCAUUCCAACCCAUGAGAUGCGCAAUAACUUGCUGCAGUACCAGUACAAUACUCCUGUUCCACUGAAAAUGAACACGGACAUCCUCAACAGGCAUCUUCAACUGGGGAUUAUGAAUCAAAGACCUUCCCCUGCUAUUGACAGUAAUUGGAAUUAUUACUAGGCAGUUUAUACAAGAAGUAUUACUAAGUAGUGAUCAUAGUCGGAUUAAGUAAUAUUAGCUACAUUUUAAAUUAAGUGUGUUCAUCGUAUGACCUGAGUCACCUGUCUAAUACAGUUUAAGGAUUCACUAGCUAAGAUUGGCUUCAAUACUGUUUCUGGAUGAGCUCUCUCUUUGUCCCAAU